AUGUCGUUCGACGCAUUGUCACCCCUAGAGGUGGUUGAAUCCCUCGCAAAGACUGGAGUACACAAGGGAAAUAUGCGGCUGGAUAAGGUCUUCCUGAGCUCUGUUUCAGCUGGUUGCUUGCUUUCUUUUGCUUGCGGUACUGCCUUGAGCACGAAUGCCUCACCCUGGUACGCAGAAAAUGCUGCUGGGUUGAUCCGCACUAUUAGUGCCUUGGUUUUCCCUUACGGCUUGUGCAUGAUCAUUCUGACGGGUGCAGACCUUUGCACUGGAUCUUUCAUGUACACUACCAUCGCAGCUCUACAGCGAAAGUUGCCAUGGUGGAAAAUGAUUGUUCACUGGGUAGUGACCUUUCUUGGAAACCUAGCUGGGUCUUUGUUCAUGGUUGGGAUUAUCUUCGGCUAUGGUGGCGUUUUUGAUGCGGACCCUUUCAAGUCCACCGUCAGUACAUUUGCGACCAAGAAACAGGUUACCCCAGACUUUCGCAUGAUUUUUCUGCGGGGCAUUGGCUGCAACUGGCUGGUUUGUCUAGCAUGUUUUUUCGGGGCGCAAGGACGUGAUCUUGGGUCGAAGAUAAUGGGUAUUUGGUGGCCAAUCUUUGCCUUCGUUUCACUUGGAUUUGAUCACGUCGUUGCCAACAUGACUUUUAUUCCCCUUGCUAUCUGGGUUGACACACCUGGAAUUUCCGUGGGAUUGUAUAUCUGGAAGGGCAUCAUUCCUACCUUGAUUGGAAACAUUCUUGGAGGUGGUUUGUUCUGCGGAACCUAUUACUGGUACAUGUAUCUUCUCGAUAUUAACCAGCUUCCUUUAGUUGGCCGCAAUAAGAGUGCUGACGGCACUGAGGUUAACACCCCAGAAGGAAUGUCUAUCGCUCAUGAAGAUGUUGAGAAGAAUGCUGGGAGCUCAGGCCCAGUUUAA